UAGUCGUUUUACCGUGAUUCUAUUGUGUUUUUCCGGUGUUUAUUGCAUACCGUUUACGGUUGACAAUUUAGAUUUGGAUGGACUAAGAAAAAUGAUAAACGGCGGAACCACCUUUAAAGAAUGGGACGCAGCUAUGGACCAGAGUGUACUUUUGAAAAAUGCCUAUGGCUCAACAGUCCCCGUCGACGUUAAGGGAGCUGUGGACUAUUUUUCGCAACUAACCCACGACCGUGCUGUGACGCAAUUCGGAUUAGUCCACAACGUUAUCAAAACAGCUUAUCAAUGCACGUUAGCCAAGUACGCAAGCCUAACCACUUUCACGGUGAUCAGGGACAUGCGAGAACUCAAAGCGAGCAUAGGCAAUGCAAUACAAUUGAUGGAACAGCAAUCUGCGGUUUGUCUUGAUCGUCGAAAUUUGUUCGGAAAUAGAGAUUUUCGAGAAAAACUUUACGGUCUGUGCAUGGGUCAACUUCACUCGGACUAUGACUUCAAAAUGUCAAAUGAUAACAUAUUUCAAAUACUCACCGCCCACAUUCACUUCACGCGGUUUUCAAAGGAACUGCACAAUAUGUGGGCAGCGAUCGUGGAAAAAAAUCUCAAGUUAAAAAUCAAGUACAACGUCAAUACCGAUGUGAUAAGAUCUAGGUUUGCAAACGAAUACGACGAUCCGAUCAUCGACAUGAUCGACGAACUCGACUGUGUUCUGAACGAGGCCAUUAGAAUAUUCGACAAUUUCGUCAUGGAAAACUGUAUACGACACGAUGGCAAUUUUGUAAAGAAUUUCCGAUCUCUAAGAACAAGCUUCCGCGAAGAUUUCAUGUGGCUUAUGACGUUUUGUGAUAAUAUGAAGGCCGGAGAUCCUGAUUUGGGAUUGUACACGGAUUUUUCAAAGCCCAGUCCGGAAGCAACGCAUGAAAGUGACGAAAUAUUGGCUUCGGGUUGCUUCAUAGAGAAAAUGCAAUUCGAAAUCUCUGGUUUAAAAAUGGAUUUACCAAAUACUACCGGCUCAAUGGAAACGUAUGACGUCAUCGACAAUAAAUGCUUAUCCAAAUCAAUUCAAAUGACUCAUAUUCAAACCAUAAACAAGAAAGAGCCAAAAGUAGGUAUGAUAAUGUUUCGCGACGACGAAUAUUGGCACGACAGCCAUCCGUCUAAACCGUAUGUGGACUGAGAGCAUCAGUAUAGUCAGCAAGGUAGCACACGUUAAGUAUUAUCCCUAACGAAAAUCAAAAUUGGAUCAUCUGGUAUUAAAAACAUACAAUGACAUGUCUCCAAUAAUAGUCGAAAAUAAUAUAACAUGUUAAAAAUCUGUUUAAAUACAUAAACUGUAC